AUGUCCGAUGACUCCUCCGACUCCUCGGAUGAGUCGGAAGACCAGCCGACCCCAUCGGCCUCGUCUUAUGGGGCGUACCCCAUGAUGAUGUCGUAUGGCUACGCAUAUCCUUCAGCGUACUCCUACGCUGCCUACGGAUCAUAUCCUGGCUUUGGAGGCUACGCGGGCUAUGCGGCGGGCUCCCCGGAGUACGCGGCCUAUAUGCAACAGAUGACCGCAGGCUGCGGCGGCGCGGGGGGUGCAGCCGGCGCCGGCGCCGGCGCGAUGGGCACGCCCGGCGCGAUGGGCGCACCCGGCGCCGGCGCGCCGGGGGCGCCAGGCAUCGCCACGGAUCCGCUGGCGGCGUACUACGGGGCAGCCGGGUACGCGGCGCAGUCCUUGCACUACGGCACCGUGAAGACUUUCUUGGCGGAGAAGGGCUUCGGCUUCAUCGAGUGCGCCACCUCCGAGAACGGGGGUGACGUUUUCUUCUCGAAGAGCGAGUUGCCCCUGGACCUGGAGUCCGAUUCGCACAAGGACCUCAAGGGUAAGCCCGUGCAGUUCGAGAUCACGGUGGGCAAGGAUGGCAGGGAUCGAGCCGCCAACGUGCAGCUCUGCAGCAUGGAGCUGGUUGAGCGCGCCGGCGGGGGGAAGAAGGCCGUGGGCGCGGUGAAGAGUUUCAACGAGCGCCACGGCUUUGGCUUCCUCACGCUGGAGGACGGCGAGCGGGACGCCCGGUUCCAAGCCGCCGACCUGGCGCCGGAGCUGGCCGCCCUGGGCGCUGCCAUGGUGGGAAGAGCCGUGAAGUGCCAGAUCCAACAGAUGGGUGACGGCAAGGUCAAGGCGAUCAACGUGGCCCCGCUGCCCGGUGGCGCCUGGAAGGGCAAGGGCAAGGGCAAGGGCAAGGGCCCUGGUCCGAGGGUCACCGGCGUGGUGAAGUCCUUCGAUCCAGAAACGCGGCUCGGCAUCUUGGAGUGCCCGGGGAAGGCGGACGAGGUGCACUUCUUCGACACCAAGAACCUCCUGCUGGAGGAAGGCUCCGAGGUGAGCCUAGCGCUGCGGUUCCUGCCGGACGGCAUCUGCCAGGGCACGGAUCUGACCAUCGGCAACGCGGACCCCUUGGCCGUGGAGCCGGUGGUCUUGAAGGACGGCGCGACGAUCACCGCCACGGUGAAGUCCUUCAACGACACCCGGGGCUUUGGCUUCCUGAAGAUCCCGGGGGCGGGCAUGGACCUCUACUUCCACGGCCGCGACCUGGACGAGCCGUCCCAGGGGGUGCUCAUGCUGGUGGGCGGCAACGGCCUUUCCGGGUGCCUGGCCUGCUGCCGCGUGGAGGCGCGCUCCGACGGCCGCUGGAACGCCAGGAACGUGAACCUGCUGGAGAGUGGGGGCUUGAUGCUGGACGGCAUCAAGCUCGCGGGGAUGAUCCGGUGCUUCUACGAGAACAAGGGCUUCGGCUUUCUCAACGUCACGGGGAAUCCCAUCGACAUCUACUUCCAGGGCCGGGACGUGGGCCCGGACGCCCAGAAGCGGUGCGAGGAGCACGGGGCCGUGGGCAGCGUGGUGUGGUGCACCGCCUACGCCCAGUCGGAGAACCGAUGGCAGGCGAGGGAGAUUGUGCUGGCGGGGGACGGGACGUCCCCGGGCGGCCUCACCCCCGACAUGCUCGGAGCCAAAGGCUGGGGCAGGGGGGAUGACGAGUACGGCUGGGAUGGCUGGGACGGCUGGGAGCCGGACUACAGCAAGGGCAAGGGCAAAGGGGGCAGUCUGCCGAAGGUGGAGAAGCAGAUCAUCCCCGGGUGCCAGCUGGUGGGCCGCAUCAAGUCCUACAACGCGGAGCGGAGUUUCGGCUUCAUCAGCGUGGAGGGCCAGACGGCGGACGUGUAUUUCCAAAUCUGGGACCUCAUCGAGGAGUUGAAGAGCCAAGUGGACGCCCACGGACCCGAGUCCCUGGUCCCCGGGGCCGCAGUGAGCUUCUGGCUGCAGCUCAUGCCAGGCGGCGGGCGGCUGCGUGCCCGGGACGUGGCGCUGGCCGACAACCCGGUGAGCGAGCCGGCGGCGGUGGAGGCGGCCGUGCUGAAAGCCGCGGCGGUGGCCAACGAGGCCAUCAUCCCGGGCACCGGGAGCGUGCUGUACGACGGCGCGGAGGUCAGCGGGAAGGUUCGGACCUUCAACCAGGAGAGAGGCUUCGGCUUCAUCAACGUGGACGGGGACGAGAUGGACCUUUACUUCCACGCAAAGGACAUGCUCCCGGAGACCCAGCAGAAGGUGUCGGGGGGCUUGGAUCUGGUGGGUCAAAGAGUUUGGUUCUGGGCGGAGAUGCUGGAUAACGGAAUGGGCAGCAGAUGGCGCUGCCAUGACAUCGGCCUCUCCUUCCGGCGCUCGGAUGCGCCUCCUUCGAAAAGAGCAAGGACGGAAGGGCUAGACAACCCGCCAGGUCACCAGAUGAAUGGCCACUCGAGCCAACAGUGAGGAAGGCGCUUUCGAAAGCUUCCCUCAAGGAAUCCGAAGCGGCGAGUCAGAAGCGAAAGUGGGAAACUCCACGUAUGGCACAAUUGGAAGCCGUCGGGCAAGCUCGCAAGCCGCUCUAACCUCACCUUUGUGCGGU